AUGGUCAGCGAACGACUGGACAACGCGUACCAUAGGUACAUUAUGUUCCAUCCUGCACGUGCUGGCCUUCUUGCCCGGGAGCUGCACAAGCUGAACGUGCAUGUGGCCGCCAUCCAGGAAGUUCGAUGGCCCGGUCACGGAGAGCGAGAAUUCACGGCGGUGGACCCCAUCGCCAACACCUCUUUCAAGUACCACAUCUACUACAGUGGCGGCGAAAAGGCGAUGCACGGAGUCGGUUUCGUAGUGAUUGGGGAUCAGAAGAACCGAGUCAUCAAGUGGAAGGUGGUGAAUGACCGGAUCUGCGUGUUGAGAAUAAAGGGCAAAUUCUUCAACUACAGUCUGAUCAACAUCUACGCUCCGACGAACGACAAGCCCGAUGACGAUAAAGACGCUUUCUACGAGCGUCUUGACAAGACCUAUGGAGAGUGCCCAAGACACGACGUAAAGAUAGUCAUCGGAGACGCAAACGCGCAGGUCGGAAGGGAAGCCUUCUUCCAUCCUGUCAUCGGCAAGGAGAGCCUUCAUCCUCGCACGAAUGACAACGGCCUACGUUUGGUCAAUUUCGCCGCAGCCAGAGGAAUGGCUAUCUGUAGCACCUUCUUUGCGCGCAUGAACAUUCGGAAGCACACCUGGCGACACCCGAAUGGCGAAUCGUGCACACAAAUCGAUCACGUUUUGGUGGAUGGUCGACACUUCUCGGACGUGAUGGACGUCCGAUCGUACAGAGGACCGAACAUCGACUCUGAUCACUUCCUGGUAGCGUGCAAGAUCCGAGCUAGGCUGUCGAACGUGUUGACCCCGCGGACUGCGAGGAUAGCGCGGUUGAACGUCCAGCGCCUCGCGAGCAGCGACGUUGCUGCAGAGUACAGUCGGAAGCUCGACGAGCGGAUCAACGAGGACGCGCCUACGGUGAUCGGCACGACCAGAGGACGCAAACCCAAAGGGUGGUUCGAUGCGGAGUGCCAGCGAGUGACGGACGAGAAGAACGAGGCCAGGAAGCGUAUGCUCGUUAAGGGUACGCGCCGAAACUGUGAGCGAUACAGUGAGUUGCGAAGAGCAGAGAAACGAAUCCACCGCCGAAAAGAACGGGAGUACAACGAAACGGUACUUGCCGAAGCGGAAGCACAGUACAACGCGAACGAUAAGCGGAGGUUUUACGCAACUGUCAACGGUGUAAGAAGGAAAACCACGCCUUCCCCUGUGAUGUGCAACGACAUGGAAGGCAACCUGUUGACAGACAAGACUGCGGUGGCGGCUAGGUGGAAGGAGCACUUCCAGCAGCUGUUGAACGGUGAGACACGAGAGAGAAUCGUCGAGGACAGGAUAAACGUUGAGGAAGAUGGAAAAGCUGUGGACCCGCCUACGUUGGAGGAAGUAGCUAAGGCUGUUAAAGAGCUCAAGAACGGGAAAUCCGCAGGAAAGGACGGACUUCCGGCCGAACUUUUCAAGCACGGGAGUACGCGGAUGACCGAGAUUCUGCACCAAAUCAUCCUACGCAUUUGGUGCGAAGAACAGCUUCCGACCGACUGGUUAGACGGGCUCGUCACCCCAAUCUACAAGAAAGGGCAAAGACUCGAUUGUGCCAACUAUCGAGGCAUCACAAUCCUCAACGCAGCGUACAAAGUACUCUCCCGCAUCCUGUGGAGCAAGCUGAGACCGAUGACCGAGACCUUUGUCGGCGAAUACCAGUGCGGUUUUCGAGCGGGUCGGUCAACGACGGACCAGAUGUUCACUCUGCGACAAAUCCUCGACAAGUUCCGGGAGUACAACCUGCAAACACACCAUUUGUUCAUCGACUUCAAGGCGGCGUACGAUUCGGUCAAAAGAAACGAACUUUGGAAGAUUAUGGUAGAACACGGCUUUCCGGCGAAGCUUAUAAGACUGAUUCGUGCAACGCUCGACGGAGCAAAAUCAAGCGUGCGAAUAGCUAACGAGACAUCUGAAGCUUUCGUUACGUUGGAUGGAUUGAAGCAGGGCGAUGCUCUCUCGAACUUACUGUUCAUCAUAGCGUUGGAAGGUGCUGCUCGAAGGGCAGGCGUGCAUAGAAACGGAACACUCAUCACUAAAUCGCACAUGCUGCUUGGAUACGCUGACGACAUCGACAUCAUUGGUAUCGACCGUCGUUCAGUGGAGGAGGCGUUCGUCCCUUUCAAGCGGGAAGCUGCGAAGAUCGGACUGAUGUGA